AUGUCUACAACUCGUGAACAACAACAAUACGAUGAUCAAUCAUCUCAGCGAAAUAUUCAACAACCAUUGGAUAGACAUUUAUCUCAAGCUAAAAAUGAACAUAGCAAUGGUACAAAUGUAAAUGCUGGUAUUGAUUCAACAUGUCACGGUAAUAAAGCUGUUCAUCCCGAUACCGGUAUAUCGUCGAAGGCAAUGAGUAUAAUGAAUUCAUUUGUUAAUGAUAUAUUUGAACGUAUUGCAGCUGAAUCAUCUCGUGUAUUACAUUACAAUAAACGAUCGACAAUAUCUGCACGUGAAAUUCAAACAGCUGUUCGUCUUCUUCUUCCUGGAGAACUGGCAAAGCAUUCUAUAGCUAAAGGAACAGGAGCUAUACGGUUUUUGCAGUACAGACCACCGUUUCCUAAUAUUUACAGUCAAACGAGUUGA